AUGGCGAUCCCCAAAAAACAGACUGUCGCGUGGCUGGAGAAGCCAAAACCGGACGCGAUGCUGGAUAUCCGUCAUGACUUCCCCGUGCCCACUCCCGGUGACGGUGAGGUUCUCAUCAAGCUGGAGUAUACCGGAUUCUGCCACUCAGACGUCCAUAAUAUCCGUGGGGAAUUGCCCAUGACGACGAAUAUCCCUGGGCAUGAAGGUGUAGGACGAGUGAUUCAAGCUGGACCAAAUACACCUGCGGACAUAAUUGGCAAACGCGUUGGAAUCAAAUGGAUAUACAAUACAUGCAAGAACUGCGCCAUCUGCAAGAUCCGAUACACCAAUUGCCCCAACCAGAACAACUCGGGAAGAAAUGUUCCGGGCACGUUUCAGCAAUACAUCGUCUCGCCGGCAGACUUUGUGUCUAUUAUCCCGGAAUCUCUCAAACCAGAGGCUGCCGCUCCCCUGCUAUGCGCGGGUGUCACCAUGAUCGGUGCAUUAAAGAAACUCGAUAAGAUCUGCAAGAAAGGAGACUGGGUGGUCAUCGUGGGUGCCGGCGGUGGGCUUGGUCAUCUUGGUGUUCAAAUAGGAAAGGAGUUGGGAUAUCGCAUUAUUGCUGUUGACAGCGCAAGCAAGAAGGAUAUCUGCAUGGAUUCGGGGGCAUCGGCGUUUAUAGAUUUUACGCAGGGAGACGCCGUCAAGCAGGUCCAGGAUCUGACAGACGGACUUGGCGCACAUGCGGUUGUUGUCGUGGUGGGCGUGGAAAAUGGCUACCACCUGGGGGUGAAACUCCUCCGACCGACAGGCACUCUGGUCUGCGUCGGGAUCCCACGAAUGGACUUCCACAUUCCGAUCUCGCCGCUGGACUGCAUCAACAGAGGCUACAAUAUCGUCGGAAGCGCGGUUGGAACGGAGGAUGAACUGCAGGAGCUCUUGCAGAUGGCUGCUGAAGGCCGUGUCUCGACGCACUACGAGGUCUUUGAUUUCGAAAAAGCGAACGAAGUCAUGGAGAGACUGGCCCGAUACGAGGUCAAGGGACGGGUCGUUCUUCGGAUUCCAGCUUGA